AUGACUACCAAGGAUCAGGAUAUCACCCUCACGGCUCAGUGCCUCUGCAAGGCGCAUACCUUCACCAGCAAAGUGACCCGAUCAAAGCUCCCUCUACCAGCGUCGAUAUGCCACUGCACGUCAUGCCGAAACGCCACUGGUGCCAUGUACAACUGCAACAUAGACUGGCCUGGCUCAGCCGAUGAAAUUCGCAACUCUGAUCUGAAAUCCUACGAAUUCACCCCCAACUGCCAAAUUUUGUUCUGUGGCUCAUGUUCGUGUCCGAUGUUCUGGGAUGCUCACUACAAAGAUCAGCCCCAACACUACGGCGUUUUCACGGGGGUCUUGAAUAAUGUUGACGUUGAUAACCUUAUCACCUUCACGAGGCAAAUCUUUGUUGGUGACACGGUUGAUGGGGGCCUUUCUCCGUGGCUUCAAAAUGUGAACGGUGACAGCGAGAAGCCUCGCAGAUGGAUGGAGAGACCUGAAGAUGGCUGGGAAUUAGGUGAAAUUUGGCCUACCGCGAAUGAGGAUGCUCGGCCCGAAGCGCCUCCAGCCACAGAUAUACCUAUCCGCUGUCACUGCAAGGGUGUCGAUCUUGUCUUCCGUCCCUGCAACAUGGACUUUUCUACCAUGGAGGCUGAUGCGAUUCCUUCGUUUGUCGAGCCAAAGACCCAUAAACACCUUGCGACACUGGAUCCAUGCCCAUCAUGUCGUCUAUCAGUUGGUGUUGACGUAAUGAAUUGGACAUUUGUCAUGCCUCAACAGAUCGACUUUCCAGAGAAGACCAAUAACCCCGACUUUCCGCGCAAUACUCUUGAUCUGAAGAGGGCAGUCGACAAUCCCGACCGAGACCCUCGUUACGGCACGCUCGCUAUCUAUCGAAGCUCACCUGACGUUCAAAGAUAUUUCUGCUCGCGCUGCUCUGCGACGGUAUUCUACACCGUUGACGAUCGUCCAGAGUGUAUUGACGUAGCUGUUGCACUGUUACAUUCUCCAGAGGGAGCUCGUGCAGAGAGCAUCUUGACUUGGCAUCUUGGUGCUAAGAUGAUGGGAGAGUGGGAUUUUGAGAGGGGCUGGAGAAAGGAUUUCGCCAUGUCUGUGAAGGACACGUCAGAGAAGUGGCGUAUCGACAAAGGUUAUCCCAAGACGUGGAGGAGGAUCGCUGUUGAGGAAGCAGAGAAGCAGGAUUGA